AUGACGACAGUGCUUGACGUGUCUCGCGAGGCGUCGCCAAACGCCCCACCUCACACGCAAUCCAUCUAUCUCUUAACUUCCACGAGCAUGUCCGAUGUCGAGUUCAAGGAUCUAGCGGCGCAGUCGCAGGUGCUCGUUGGACUGCCGCAGGUGCAGAGCAUCGACGCCGUACACCGCUUCUGCGACACGUACGCCGCAACGCUGAGCCGCGUCCACCACGUCCUCCUUCCUGGUAGCGUCUCUCCCCUCCAGAGCUCACUCAUCAAGCAGCUUCUCGAACACAUCCCGCAGGCGCGUCUGGUGUGCAACGGCUUUGGGCACGCGUUGCUAACAAACGCCACGUUUCACGAUGGUGUGCAGCGCGCAGUGCUGGAGAACGCACCCAGCACACCACCGGAGCUGCUGCGCUUUGCAGAGCUUCCGGAGGAUCGCGUGUCGGCCAUGGCGGACGGGGAUACCGUGGCAGUCGACGUAGCCAAAGGCAAAGCGGAGUCGUCCGCGUCAGUAGCAGCGCGGGCGCUGCGUGUUGUGGCUGUCAAGAGCAAGGGACAGCAGCAGCGGCGCAGAGAACACAGCCAGACACACCACCCAGCGCACUUCACCAACGGGGCGCUCUUCUACUAUGAUGACGUCUUCAACGCGCUUUUCGUGGGCCACACGUUGCACCGCUUGCCGUGGCUCUCCACCGUGCUCACGGAAACCUCGCGCGAGCUUUUUCUGCCCAUGCCUCCUCCCCUUGCUAUGCAGCACGCGCUCAGCCGACCAAGCCCGCUGCUCGACACAUGGCGGGUGCUGGAGAGCUGCGAGGACGUGGUGGAGGCACUGCGUCGUACGCCAGAGCUGGAGCGCGUCCUUGCAGGCUCCUACGGUGAGCUCUGCGGCAAUGUGGAGGACUGUAUCGUAGGGCUGGAGAGCAGCAGCGAUGCUCUCGAGCGUCUGCGCAGCCGGCUCGCGCGGCGCCUCAUCACCGACACGAGUCGUGAUGUGCAUCGCUGGUCUACCGCGCUGCUGAAGCGCAUUGUGCACGAGGUGGUGUGCACGCAGAAGGCAAGCGAGCCGACAAGCUCCGAUGUGCAAGAGGCGUUCCUUUGCUGGGCAAGGACAGACGGGGAGUGGGGGCGCCUCUCCACGUGCCUCGCGCACGCUGCCAUGGUGCUGCCUCCUUCUACGGAGACGGGGGAGGCCGACGGCGCAUCGUCAUCUGCUACGGACAGCUUCGCCCCGCAUGUUGGUGUACCCGCAGCCCGAGCGACCGCAGCCGGAGAGUCUGCUGCACCAGAGGCGCUGCAGGGCGCACACGGUGUGGAGUUACUAGUGGCGGUGUUCAACCGGAAGGGGUUGCAAGGGCUCAUACGCACAGUGCAGCGCGAAACGAUCGACCUGCAGGUAUUCCUCGCCAUGUCGGAGGAGGACUUGAAGAAGGUCUUCAAGGCAACUUUCGGCAUCACCAAGCGACUUAUGUUGCUGCAAGACGAGCUACGGAAGAACUUGUAG